GCAGAAGAUCACCAAUCUUAGCUGGGUCGUGAUUCAAUAAUGAGACAUAAUUGGUUAGUAACGUGCAACCCCUGCUACUAAUAGCGAUAACAUAGCAGGGGGCUGCCUAAAUGGACCUCAACUCCUCGAAUCCUCGUCAGGUCGCUCAUCCAUUUCCCCUCUUCCCGCCUCCUUCUUCUUCUUUCCCGUUUAUCAUGCUAACAAACGAUUGAAUAAUAUCUCCGCGAAACCCCUAAUAUCGCAUUCAUGGCCGACACCCGAUCGCUGCGCAUCACCACCGCUGCGACUUUCCUUCCCGCGUUUCCAUUAUUACUUGCUCAUGGCGUGGUCGCGAAUAGCCCCGCUCCUGCCGUAGGGUUGGUGCCGCUCGCUGUCUCAGCAAGCACGAGCAUCUUCCUACUGUCGCGGCAGUCCGCAAGGAAGCAGCAGUCGGCGGAUCCAGAGCGGGGUGAUGUUGGCUCAGAGGGGCAGGUACGGGAACAAGUAGUAGAGCAAGAGCCGGGACUUGAACAGGAAUUUGGGCAACAACCUCAGGAGCGACCCGAACCGCCGGCGCCGACGUCGAACCGAAGCCAUCCUAUCCUCGUAUUCGCCGUUGACACGAUACUCGCUGCGGCGCUGAUGGUGGUUUUGGUAUUUACGUGGAUCGAUUCGAGCAGUGGAAGCACCAAUAGCGCCGAGUCGGCCAUGCUGGCUGCGUAUGGGACAAUUCCACUGUUGAUUAAUUUCUUUAUCCAUCUCUACCUAGCGGUACGCGAAUUCUCCCGCGGCCUCGCGAUCCCGGGGCUGACGCAAUACCUCGCGUGGCAGGUCGUCGAACCCGACUGUCCCGACUGUGGGCGCCGACUCCGUCCCGACGCACCGCCUAGUUUACCGUGGGUCGAGGAAACGUCGCUCCCCAGACCGAACUUUAAGAACGUCAAGUUUAAGCUACCCUCGAUCCCGAAAGUCAAAGCGCCGGAGUGGAAGACGCCGGCAUGGCUCCAAAACCGAAACCCGCGCAGCUACCUGUUCGGUGCUACUAACGAUGACGAGUCGAUUACAACUCCGUAUAGGGACGAUCCUGAAGAAGGCGGGCCGUCUAUUCUACCCGAUGAUUCCGAGACUGUAGAACCCGAGGUGGUGGAUGUUGUAAGCAAGAAGAGUAGGAAGCUAGGGAAAGAUUCUAGUUCAUCUCCUUGAAUUCAUCAAGGGCGGAUGAAGAUCAAUUUGUGCAUUGAGAUAUCCGGAUAGUUUAUUUCUGGCCAGCAUGCGGCGAUACCCCUCUGCUUUGGGAAGGACUUUUUGGAUCGGUUGUGUGAUUUUUGAGGGGCCUCGGGGAAGGAUGAGGUAAGGGGGGGUGGGGGAUGAU